AUGCCGCUGGGAAUCAACCUGUUUGGCAAGGGCCACACGCAGGAGGCCCAGCAGGAAUCUGCCAAAGAAAUGGUUCGACAAUGGCAGAGAAAUCUACGCUCUGAAGCUCGAGGUUUGGACAGAAGCAUCAGGAAAAUCGAGCAGGAGGAAGACAAGAUUCGGAAAGAUAUCCAGGCUAUGGCAAAGCAAGGGGGCGACCCCAAGAGCAUUCAAAUGCUUGCAAAGUCUCUCAUUCGAUCGAGCAAGGCGAAGGCCACGUGA